GGGGUCCCAGCGGUCCCUAGGCCUUGCCUUCGUGUCCUGCUGCGCCCCGAGGGGCCUCCGGGCCCGCACCGGAGGGACUUGGGAGGGGGGCUCUUUUUCCCCGCCUCAUCCCGUCCCUGAGUGCGUGAACCCUCCUCCACCCUUCCCUCUGUCGCCGUGGACCCUGCUCCCACGGCUCCCUUCCGUCUGUCCGUCUCAGGACCUCCCUUCCGUCUGGCCACUGUGACAGGUCCCUUCCCAAGCCCCUAGGGACAGCAGAGGACUUGGGGACCAGCAAGCACCCCCAGGGCGAGAGAAAAGCCUCUGCCACCUGCCCUGCCUCAUCCUGCCCCACGCCAGGCCCAGCCGCCCCGGCCCCCGGCUGCAUCAAGUGGAGGAGGAGCAGGUGGAGGAGGGUGGCACCAUGGGCCUGGGCCGUGCCCUCCAUGCCCGGGGGAUGAAGACACUGCUGCCAUGGACAGCCCGUGCCAGCCCCAGCCCUUGAGUCAGGCUCUCCCUCAGUUGCCGGGUUCAGUGUCAGAGCCCUUGGAGCCUAGCCGGGCCAGGAUGGGGGUGGAGAGUUACCUGCCCUGUCCCCUGCUGUCCUACCACCGUCCAGGAGCGCCCACUGAGGCCUCAGCGGGGAGUGGGACCCCCAGAGCCACAGCUACUUCCGCCACAGGCAGCCCCCUGCGGGAGGGCUUCGGUGGGCAGGAUGGCGGCGAGCUGCGGCCGCUGCAGAGUGAGGGUGCUGCGGCACUGGUCACCAAGGGGUGCCAGCGGCUGGCAGCCCAGGGCGCCCGGCCCGAGGCCCCCAAACGGAAAUGGGCAGAGGAUGGUGGGGAUGCCCCUGCACCUAGCAAGCGGCCCUGGGCCAGGCAGGAGAACCAGGAGGCGGAGGGGGAGGGCUGCAGCAGUGGCAGCAGCGAGGCCAGCGCCGGGCUGAGGGAGGAGGUGCUGCCCGCGGCACCCGAGCGCCUGGCCCUGGACUACAUUGUGCCCUGCAUGCGGUACUAUGGCAUCUGCGUCAAGGACAGCUUUCUGGGGGCGGCCCUGGGUGGCCAAGUGCUGGCGGAGGUAGAGGCCCUGAAGCGGGGCGGGCGCCUGCGAGACGGGCAGCUUGUGAGCCAGCGGGCUAUCCCGCCACGCAGCAUCCGUGGGGACCAGAUUGCCUGGGUGGAAGGCCAUGAGCCGGGCUGCCAAAGCAUCGGUGCCCUCAUGGCCCACGUGGAUGCCGUCAUUCGCCACUGUGCUGGGAGGCUGGGCAGCUAUGUCAUCAAUGGGCGCACCAAGGCCAUGGUGGCAUGUUACCCAGGAAACGGGCUGGGGUACGUGAGACACGUGGACAAUCCCCAUGGCGACGGGCGCUGCAUCACCUGUAUCUAUUACCUGAAUCAGAACUGGGACGUCAAGGUGCAUGGCGGCCUGCUGCAGAUAUUCCCUGAGGGCCGGCCCGUGGUAGCCAACAUUGAGCCUCUCUUCGACCGGCUGCUCAUUUUCUGGUCUGAUCGGCGGAACCCCCAUGAGGUGAAACCAGCCUAUGCCACCAGGUACGCCAUCACUGUCUGGUAUUUUGAUGCCAAGGAGCGAGCAGCAGCCAAAGACAAGUAUCAGCUAGCAUCAGGACAGAAAGGUGUCCAAGUGCCCGUGUCACAGCCGACUACGCCCACCUAGUGGCCAGUCCCAGAGCUGCAUGGACAGACAGCUUGCCCUGGCUUCAGGAGAGCCCUGGGCCCUGGUGCUGCCCGUCUCGGUGCCUGCUCCUUCCCCGCCACCACCACUGCUUCUGACUUUGCCUCCAUCCUGCCUGGUGUGGAGGGCUCCGUCCAUUGCUGAGGACCAAGGAGGAGGAGAGACCUCUACUGCCCUGGGAUGGGGACGGGGGUUGUGACCUGGACAGGAGCCAGUGUUGGGGCCUUCCGUUACUGGAGCUGGGGGCCUGUGUCCUGCCCUGUCUGGUCAUGCCCCUCUCAGGUUUGGAGAGCUGGAAGGAGGCAUCGCCACCUCCUGCCAGGACGCAGGAUCUGGGGUUGGGGUGAGUCAUGGCCUCUUGCUGGGAAAGGUUUGUGGGGGAAUAUCCCCAAGCCCCCCACACCUCCAGCCUGGAAUGUGAAGUGACUCCCUAACCCCUGUCAACCAUGGCACCUUUUGGACUAGGCUGCCACUGCUUGGGCAGGAUAAAGGUGCUGGGAGGAGCAUGGGUGUGCAAGUCCUAUCAGCCAAGAAAUAAAAGUUUACCUCAGAGCUGCAUA